AUGGAGGGGAUGGGUCAAGGUCGUCGACGAGGAAGGGGGCGCAAUCGAGAGGGAGGGAGGGGUGGACGUAUUAGGAGAGGCGGGGAUGACAAUGGUGAAUGUGGAGAUGACAGUGGUGGAGAUGAUGAUGAGGGUAGAGCUGAAGGUGGUGGUGGAGGUAGAGAUGAUAGUGGUGGUAGUGGUUAUGAUUUAGAGGGUGGAUUUGAUGUUAGUAGAGGUGUUUAUGGAGGUAGAGAUGGUGGCGGUGGAGGUCGUGGAGGUGGUGGUGGUGGGGGUGACAGUGGCUAUUAG